ACAACGGGAAAUUUAUAACCGGUCGUCAAAGUUUGGUGAGAGUGGUAGGGUUGUUAGCUAGUUCGGUUCAAUUACAAACGUGGCGGUUUGUUGGGUUAAUCGUUAUACAAUUUUUGUUUAUCGUUAACCGUGCCGUUUAUAUUAGUAGGUUAUCGAUUACUAUGUCGAUUAACUGAUUAACCAUCUAAUAAUCAAUUCGAAAAAAUUAUUAAAUCAACAUAACAGGUCGGUAACCGAAUGAACGGAAGGGCUCCCUCAUCUCUUUAUUUUUAAUUGUGUAUUCUUGUAGAUUUUCUCACGCAUAUGUAUAUGUUCUUAUUUUUCUGAAAGAAGUUAGUGGUGAUUUAAUUUGGGUUCGACUCGUUGUUACGAUUGACACUAAGAGAAGAAAGCGAACAAAUGAAGGAGAAGAGAGACCAACGCGAAUUGGACACAGAAAACCAUCGAUCUUUUAUUUCAAUUCGGUUUAUUGGUUACACUGAAAAUCAGUUCGAUCGGCCUAUUAAACUGCUAAUUUAUGAUUGCUUGAUAUUAUAACCAUUAACCAUUAGUUAUAGGAUAAUUUAACAAUGUAACGCUAUAAGAGAUUAAAAGGCUUAACUAUCCCUUUCCCAACAACUCGAGUUAUUGGGACCAAGUGGUUAGUUCGCUAACAUGGUAUCAGAGCCUAGAACCGAAAGGUCAUGGUUUCGAAUCCUCAUGACGACCCCCAAUUUAAGCAAACAAUGGUUUAGUACAAGGAAUGGUAUGUCCAACCUGUACAAACUGAAAGCCUAAUGGGUUUGGCAGCACAAGGAAUGAUACGUUCAACCUGUGCAAACCGUAUAAAAAACCCCGACAAAGGUAGGCUUUCGUUUGAGGGGGCGUAUAGGCUUUCGUUUGAGGGGGCGUAUAAGAGAUUAAAAAAGGCUUAACUAUCCCUUUCCCAACAACUCGAGUUAUUGGGACCAAGUGGUUAGUUCGCUAACAAACGCUAAAUAAUGUCUCGCCGGAUAUCACCCCCUAAGCGAGAGUGUCAUCUGGUCGUUGAUAAUGAACCUUUCUAGUCUUAUAUGAGCAAUGCCGACGGGAAUCCCGUCAGUAUAAGUGGACAAACAACUAAAACUCCCGUCGUUAUUGAUAAAUAUUACUUCGAUCCCUCCAAAGUUCAGAGCCUGGCCAGCUACGUAAGUUCUCUGUUGUCGACUACCUAGCCUCAUCAAUCAUCAUUGGCUGAACCGCCUUCUCUAUAUUCAUCUGCUUGCCCACUUCCUCGAUAGACUGAUUCUUCCACUCUCCUUUGUUAGUAGUUGAUUAAUUAUAUAACGCGAUCAACACACGAUCCCUGAAUUCAUUUACUCCAACCCAACAGAAAGAGAAGAGUGACUCAAGAAUAUUAAUGGCGAGAAGAUUAUCAGCAGCAGUAGUAAUGGCUACAACCCUUGUGCCAGCAAUUUGCACCAUGUUUUUCUUCCAGCUGCUGCAGGUUGUAAGCUGCUUCGAUGCCACGUUAUGCGCAGGAGCUGACAGCACGGGGAGGUGCAGCCCGGAUCCGUUCCCUACGGGGACAGCUGUGAUUCAAGACUUGAUACUCGGUGAUUUUUCGGAAAGGAGCUUCCACGCCGGCAACGUCACGGGCUGCUUCUCGAGCUCCGAUUAUCGGGACCAAUAUAGUAAUCUGAUCGUUGCGCACGCCUCUUUCACUUGCGAUGGCGCGCCCAGCGAGGCGUGCCGUGACUGUUUCCAACGAGGCUUGGACCGCAUGGAACAAGGGUGCGAGGCCAGGGCUGGAGGGACUGUCUGGCUCGACAACUGUUGUUUCAGGUACGAGACAGCUUACGACAUCUGCUGAUCUAGCUGGAUUGGAUACAUGCAUGCAUGGAUUCCUAUAGUUAUGGUGAAUUGGUGAUGAUGCAUUGAUGAGAUCACUGAUCACGUGCCAUUGGCAUCCCUGAAAUCAUAUAAUUAUAUUACUUAUGUUGCAUACGGUUUGCUGCUUUUUGUACUGCUUCGAUCGAGUAGAGUACAGUACCCGACGUGUUUGAAGGUUGUGUACCUAAAGUAUACGUACUCGAUGAAUAAAGGCUUCUUUUCUUUAUCCAUAAAUGAAAGGCUUGAGUCCUGUAAAGCCCAGUACUAAAUUUGGAUGGCCUAGUACAAAAGGGCUUUUUCCUGAUGGCCCAUUCAUCUUUGCUCAGUAGGCCCAAAAUAAUAGGCGUCGCUUUAAGUCGAAAGCUCAAGCCAAAUCCAGUGACAAUGAAUGGAUGAUCAUAUUCUAGAGGAAAAAAAGAAAACAGCAAGAAACACAUCUUACAUCACUAUUGGGGUCACAUGACCAAUAUGAAGCAAAUUUUAAUAGAAAUACAUUGCAUAGUUGAAACAAUCAUAGAUCAUUGAUAUUUUAAUGUUAUAACAAAAGAUCGAGACCAGAAGUACAAUACUAGAAACCUCCAAUCUUCAUAUUUAGACAAUUGUGUUCUCUAUCUAUAUAAGACAUCUAUAACGACUUCCGAUUUUCUUAUUUAAGUAGCGGUGAAAUCACAUAGGAUCAAACUAUACACAAUCAGUAAUUGUUUCGUCUCAAUGUUUUAAUUGGACCGUGCGACAUCUAAUUACGUGACGAUGAAUACAAUGCUGUUAAUUUCACUAGUAUGAUUUCCAAUACGGGAUCAAAACUUUGGCUUCAUAUAUAAGUAAUUAAUAAGUAAUUAACGAGGGACUCUUAUAAGGGUUUGGAUGUGUGGCUCCAAGAAGCUUCCUUCUCUAGCUAAGUACAUUCAUCUCAUCCAUUCCACAUUUCGUCUAUAUAUAUGAUCAAAAGCUAAUCCCAUUACUCAAUCAAUUAAUUAUUGAAUGGAAAGUAACCCUGUCGAUCAUUACCCAUAGCUAUAUCUCAAGGGAUGGAAUUAGUGCAUAAUUAAUAAAGAUUAAAUAAUAUUAUAACAAGUAGCAACAAUAUAUAGUGAAGUGGGAUUUAAUAUUAAUUAUAUAUCAUUGUCUCCCACUUCGUUGAACAAAAUGUAUAGGGCCGACAAAUAUUCAUUGUCUUUGGACAUGCACUUAAUAUUUAAUAUCUACAUUUCUAUUAUGAUAAUAAUUAUGUCAUUUUCGAGCAUCAUUUUUAGACACCCUGAGGUAAUUAACUAGGAUUCAAUAUUGACGACCUGAUCUUGACGUGCACUAUUUUUGUCUUACGGUGUUACCACUGAAGAAGUUGGUCACCCCAAUAUGGAUCUAUGAUGUUUGAGCUAGGUAGCUACUCCACACAAUCAUAUUCGAGUUUCGAUUGGAUGUGGAUCAAUGAUGUCUGUAUGUGAAAGACAAAUAUUUUUUGAGAUCCGCUCUGAAAUUUCGAUAAGUAUAUAGUAUUUGUGUAAGAUAAAUUUUACAGGUGAAUAGCAUGAAGUAAAGUUAAUUUAGAGAAAUAUCGUAGGGAGAUACAAGUUAGAGUAAUUUCAAAUCGUGAAUUCGGCCUAUUAAGUCAAUCGACAUUGUAAUUUGUACUACUCGAUCGAGUUUGAAUUUACUUGAAAACAAAAACUUUUCGAACCAAUGCAUCAUGUCAUAAUUAAUAAACAUCAUGAAGACUGUAAAAUCGAGCAUGCACACUACAUAUAUUCAUUACGCUUUAUCCCCCCUAGUUAACCACAUCAGAAUCUAUCUUUUACCCUCACGUUUUAUCUCGUAUCCCUUGAUAUUUUACCUCUCUUCAGCGACCACUUAACUGAACACUAAUUUAAGCAUCACAGAACCUGACAAACUCGCCCACCCGCCAAACUAACUUCUAUCUCUGUACAGAAUAUAACUACGAACAAUCG